UUGCCAGUGCCAAAAGAAGUGUAUUGGAAACCGAAAGAACAUCAUCCACCAGCCGAAUGUUUGCACAAAAUAACCAUUCCAGCAUGUGAGUUUGUUAGAUAUAAUUAAAUUGAUGUCAUUUGACAGUUUAUAUUGGAGAGGAAAAAGAUAAGAUGAACUUUUGAUUGAACGGCGAUGAAAACACAAAUUAACUUUUGAUUAUAUUAGUUGAAGAUUGAACUGCUAAAAACAGCAAAUAUUGAUGUGAUGAUUUUUUCUUCAUUUCAGCAAAAAGUCGAACAUUGGUCUACAAAGUUGAUAAGCCUAAUACACUUAUUUUAAUGUAUUCUCACAAUGAAGCUGAUAUCACAAUAACACUCUAUUAUUCAAAGGAAAAGGUUCUAUUUUCUAUUUUCUAUUCCCAUUUUCUUAGAUCAACUCAAAUAAUUGCAGAAUCCGGCUGAAAAUGAGCUUGAAUUAAUGGUAGCCGCAAUUCCGAAGUGCGGUCUUCCUGCAAUGGAUUUAUUUGAUUAUAUGUGUGAAGAACCUGGAUAUUAUCAUUUGCGAUUAACAAAUGAAGCAUCUUGGCUUUUACCGUCUUCUUAUAAAUUGAUUAUUCUGGAAAAUGGAACGAGGAAAGAAAUUGAGGCUGUAAAUAUGAAUGAGAAAUGGGUGAAGAAAGCGAACAAGAAAAUGAAAUAA